UUCGUCGAGCCAGCGGGGGAGACUGCAAGGGGGAGCGCCAAGUGCUUCACAACGCUUCCGGAUACGUCACCGAUGGGCCGGGCAAUUACUCUGUCAAUGGGAACUGUGAGUGGCUGGUGGAAGCUCCAAGCAGCAGCUACCGCAUCCUUUUGACCUUCAUGUUCAUGGACACGGAAUGUACCUACGACUACCUCUUCAUUUAUAACGGAGAUUCCCCCAGCAGCCCCCUGCUGGCCAGUCUCAGUGGCAGUACUCUGCCCCCCACCAUUGAGGCGACCUCUGGCAAGAUGCUGCUACAUCUGUUCAGCGAUGCCAACUACAACCUGUUGGGCUUCAACGCCACCUAUGCUGUCUCGCUGUGCCCAAUGGGCUGCUCAGGGCACGGGACCUGCGACAACGAUGGGCACUGCACCUGUUUUCAAGAUUGGGGAGGCAAAGACUGUUCGAUGCCCGGCUGUGCCACCUAUUGUCAGAACCAUGGGACUUGCAGCCAGGACUCGGGGCGCUGCCAGUGUGAGCCGGGCUUUGUGGGGCAGGCCUGUGACUUGGCACUGAGUGAGAACCAAGGAGCCGGCAAGUGGUACAAUGUGAGCGCUGGAGAUCCCAGCUUCCGACCCCGCACGGCUGCAGCCGGCACUUUCCUAUCUUCUACCGGAGGACUGUAUAUCUUUGGAGGUCUGGAUCUAAACACAGCCCUGGGUGACCUCGUCUUCUAUAACUUCACUACCAACAUCUGGCAUCAGCGAGUUCUCAGCCCCUCCCCUUCUGCACGUCACUCCCACACUGCCGUGGCUUGGGAUGGCUUCCUGGUUCUCUUUGGGGGUGAGUUGGCCAGUGGCUCACUAGCCGAUGACAUCUGGAUGUACCACCCACGAGAGGGGCGCUGGCAGGAGCUGCUGCCUGCUAACACCACCUGGUCUUCAGCACCCCCUGGACUGGCCGGCCAUGCUUCUGCUGUGGUAGACGAAUGGCUGUAUGUCUUCGGAGGGCGCACCUCGGUGGAUGUCUUCUCCUCUCAGAUGUACCGUUUCCAUCUUCGGAUGUGGCUCUGGGAACUGGUGGUGCCCUCGGGUGGCAAGGCACCCGCAGCUGCGGGGCAUUCCAUGGUGUUCCAUCCUGCCUCCCGCACUCUCUUGGUUUAUGGCGGUCACCGGCCUUCCACUGCCCGGUUCAGUGUGCGAGUUAACACCACCGAUCUCUUUCACGUGGACCUGCGCUACUGGAGCACAUUGCGCGCCAAAGAUUCGCACCGGGGCCCUCGGGAGCGUGCUUUCCAUUCGGCCACAGUAAUAGGCAACUACAUGGUAGUGUAUGGGGGGAACGUGCACAUCCAUUACCACGAGGAGAAAUGCUAUGAGGACGAGAUCUUCUUCUACCACUUGGGCUGCCAUCAGUGGGUCUCCAGCCAUGAGCUGGCGCACCAGAUCCCCCAGGAGCGUGAGGCCAAGGCUCGAGGCCAGGCGCGAGGCCGCUACUCCCACAUAGCGGCUGUGAUGAACGGGACCGUGCUGCUUGUCGCCGGAGGCUACAGUGGGGUGCCGCGGGGUGACUUGUUGGCUUACAAGGUGCCCACCUUCGUCUUCCAGGUGCCAUCUCUAAUGUACCAUCUGGAUUACUGUUCCAUGUACAGAGAGAAAAGCACCUGCGCUAAGGAUCCCGAAUGCGCCUGGUGCAUGAAUGUCUGCCAGAGCACCCAGCCCCGCAGCAUCUGCCCCAACACUGGCUGCCUAGGGUUGGCCCGCCUCUUGGUUGACUGUCAGUCAUGCCUGGCCUUUGGCAGCACCAAUGCUUCUCUGCCCAGGGCCCCGGGACCCUUUGGGUGGUGUGUGCAGAAUGAGACCUGCAUGCCUCUCUCAGAGCGGGGCAGGUGCCAAGUGGAGAAGAUAUCGGGCACUUUCGGCUGGUGGGGGCCUCAGCCCUACUUUGUCACUUCCUUGGCACAGUGCCAGCAUGAGAGCUUCCUGCCUGGCCUUCACCUUAUCACCUACCAGCAGCCGCGCAACGACUCCCAGCCCGAUAAGGUCUCGAUCGUCCGCAGCACCACCAUCACUUUAAACCCCAGCACCGAGAUGGACGUCUCUCUGGUCUACAAGGGGUUCAUCCACCCGCUGGUGAGCAGCCCAGCUCCCUCCGAGGACAUUUCCAUCUGGGCGCGCAUCCAGCGCCUCUUUGUGGUGGCCAAGCUUGCCCGGAGCCCUGGCACAUUGGAGAUGGAGGAAGUGGGCCGCUGGGCAGUGCAACAAGACAACAACAAAAGGCUGCUCCAGCGCCCUGGGGCCGAGCGCCUCUUUCCCAGCACCGAGAGGGGCAAUAAGUACGCCGUGCUGGUUGAAGGCCACCUCAAUAAUUCUGGCAACGGACAGACUAGCGAGCUGACUCUCACCUGGGACCGCACAGGAGUGCCGGGCGGUAGCGAGAUUUCCUACUUCUUCUUGGAGCCCUACCGCUCGGAGACGUGUGCCACCUACCGUUCAUGCCUGGCUUGUCUGGCCGACCAGGGGUGUGGCUGGUGCCCACUUAGCGCCACCUGCCACCGACGCCUGGCCCAGAACGACGACGCCAGGGCCUGCGGCGCUGACGCUGUGCAACUCAUCCUGGUGCCGAGCAACUGCAUCCUGUGCGAGGACUACCGCGACUGCCAUGCCUGUAGCAAGGAUCCAUUCUGUGAAUGGCAAGUUAAUAGCAGCAAGAAGGGGGACUUCCUUUGCAGUCGCCGAGGACGGCUAGCCAGCGCAAUUCGCUCUCCGCAGGAGUGCCCCAAACUGUGCAAUCAGCGUACCACCUGCUCUGAGUGCCUCUCCAACUCCAGCCAAUGCGCCUGGUGCCAGUCCACACGCAACUGCUUCUUCUUUGCUGCCUACCUGGCCAAGUACCCCUACGGGGACUGCCGCGGCUGGUACGACAGCGUUCAUUCUGUGCCUCAGUGUCUCGACUGCACCCGCUUCAAUACCUGCCGGGAAUGUCUGCAGAACUUCGAAUGUGGUUGGUGUGGAAACUCGGACAACCCAACUAUAGGCAGGUGCCUCCCAGGGGAUUUCUCAGGCCUGAAGUCCUUCCUGAACUGCUCGGUGGCGCUCUGGGACUCUCACGGCCUGCCUCCCACCCAUCCUGCCCAGUGGUCCUACGGGCAGUGCCCAGACGUGGAUGAGUGCCGUUUGGGCCUGGCCAACUGCCAUCCUUAUGCCAGCUGCAAGAACACGCUGGAAUCUUUUGAGUGUCACUGUAACAGAGGUUACGCGGGCGACGGCGUGGCCUACUGCAACCAGACCUGCUACGACGAAUGUGCCCACGGGGAAUGCAGCGGGGCCCCCAACUUCACCUGCGUGUGCAACCUGGGCUGGACCUCCGAGCCGGGUCUGGGGGCCCCCAACGGAAGCUCCGUCGGGGUGCAGUGCAGCGUGGACUGCGGGUGCCACUUCCACAGCAGCUGUGCUGCCCAGGGGCCCGGCGUUUGCGAUGAGUGCCAGAACUGGACGCAUGGUGAACGCUGCCACCUUUGUCGGCCGGGCAGCUAUGGGAAUGCGACACACCAGGGCGGCUGCCGGGAGUGUGCCUGCAAUGGGCAUGGCCUGGAGGAGAUGGGCUUUUGCCACGGAACCACGGGGGCCUGUUAUUGCGCCCCUCCCACUGAGGGUCUGCACUGUGAGCGCUGCUCCCCUGGCUACUACGGGGAUCCCAGAAACCAGGGCCUUUGCUACCAGGAGUGCCUGGGGCGCACCCUGCUCACCAACCUCUCUUCUUCGUCUUCGCUGAGCUCUCAGCGGGCUGGGGGGCCCCUGCCGGGUGGGCUUUCCUACUGCGUCUGGGUGUUGUCGGCCAGCGAAGGCAUGCUGCCCUGUCGUCCGGAGCAAGCCUGCCCAACCAUCACCCUCACAAUCCAGCCUGACACCCUCUGUAUGACCAGUUACGUCUAUGCCUUCGACGGUUUUCCCGACUUCCUCAACACGGGCCUGAUCCAGCGGGACCGCACGCUGAUCGGGGCCUUCUGCGGCCAGGGCAGUUCCCACCCGGUCACGGUGGAAGCUCUGUCGGGCCUUCUGGUCAUUUACUAUGAGGCCAACUCCAGUGAGGCUUCGGGCUUCAACGCCACCUACACGGUCCAUCGCUGCCGGCCAAGCUGCCACGUCAACCAGGAGUGCCAAGAAGGGCGUUGUGUCUGCAAGGGCAGCUUCACAGGACCCAACUGCCAGUUCCAGAUCUGCCCGGGCAACUGCAGUGCCCACGCCGGGCAAGGGGUCUGCAACAGGAGCCUGGCAUUGUGUGUUUGUAGUGAGGGGUUUGCCGGCACAGACUGCUCCAUCCCACUAGAUGCCGGCAAGAUCGUCUGGGAGACCUUGAUCGACACCCAGCUGACGGCAGACACAGCCAGCCGGUUCCUGCAUCGUUUGGGUCACACCAUGGUGGAGGGGCCAGAUUCCACACUUUGGAUGUUUGGGGGAAUGUCGCUGCGAGAGGGAAUGCUGGGUAACGUGUACAGAUACUCCAUCGCCGAACGCCGUUGGACUCAGAUGCUGGCCGGAACGGAGGACAGGGGCCCAGGGCCCAAUCCCCGCUACUUCCACGCAGCUGCCUACAUUCCCUCCUGCAAGGCCAUGUAUGUGCUUGGAGGGCUGACAGCCGACGGGGUAGCCAACGAUUUCUGGUUGCUGAAUUUCACCACCUUGCAGUGGAGACUCGUACAGGACCCCCUGAUCCCGGCCGUGGCGGGACACACGCUUACGGCCCGGCAGGGCUCUUCCUUGCUCCUGAUUGGUGGCUAUUCUCCCGAGAAUGGUUUCAACAAGAAACUGCUGGAAUAUAACGUGGUGUCAGAGAGCUGGCACGCCGGGAACCAGGCUGGAACGCCCCCAACAGGUCUGUACGGACACUCGGCAGUCUACCAUGAAGGUACAGAUGCCGUCUACGUCUUUGGCGGCCACCGCUUCCACGUGGAGAUGGUUUCAGCGUCUCCGGAGCUGUACAGCCUUUAUUACCCCAACCUGACUUGGAGCCUUUUGGCCCCUUCUCAGGGGCCGAAGCCACUGGCUCACUUCUUCCACGUGGCUGCAGUCCUGAAGGACACUAUGGUGGUGAUCGGAGGCCGUACAGAGCGUGAGAACUUCACCAACCACCUUUUCUUCUACCAGCUGAACUGCAACACCUGGAUCCUGCCCAACAGCACAGCAGCAGCAGUGGUGGGGGAGCCCAUCAUGGAGUCCAUUGCCCAUGCCGUGGCUGCCGUCAGGGGCCGGAUAUACCUCUCUGGAGGCUUCAGCGGCGUGGCGCUGGGGCGGAUGGUGGCUCUCUCGGUGCCCUCUGACCCGUGCCUCAUUUUCGCCAGCCCUGAAGCCUGCAACGCAUCCGGUGCCAGCUGUACCUGGUGCCACGCCAGCUGCCUGUCAGCGGAUACUGGCGAGAGACUUGGCUGUUCCUUCGGGGGGGGCUCCUGCUUCCCCACCCCCAGGUCCGCAGACGAGUGUCGUCGGCUCAGGACGUGUAGCGAGUGCCUCGCCCAGCACCCCCGGGCCAUGGCUCACAGUCUGGGCAUUCCCGCCUUGCCGCAGUGCAAGUGGUGCACCAACUGCCCUGAGGGGGCCUGCAUCGGCAGCACCGGCAGCUGCACCUCGGAGAACGACUGCCGCAUCAACCAGCGCGAGAUCUUUGUGGCCAGCAACUGCUCGGAGAUCUCCUGCGAGGCCUCAGACUGCGCCAAGUGCACAGCUUCGGGGAAAUGCAUGUGGACCCGGCAGUUCAAGCGCACUGGGGAGACCCGCCGCAUCCUGAGCGUCCAGCCCACCUACGACUGGACCUGCUUCAGCCACUCGCUCCUCAACGUCUCCCCAAUGCCCGUGGAGUCCUCGCCCCCACUGGCCUGCCCCACACCCUGCCACAACCACAGCUCCUGUGAGGAGUGCCUCAGCUCCAAGGGGGCUGACGGGGGCUGGCAGCAAUGCGUCUGGAGCGUCAGCUUGCACCAGUGCAUGAGCCCCACUUACCUGCCCAUGCGCUGCGCAGCUGGGAUGUGCGGCCGAGUGCUGAGUGGGGCUGAGAGCUGCUCCCCUGCCUGCUUCAGCUUCCAGCAGUGCGCUCUCUGCAUCCAACAGCCCCGAUGCGGCUGGUGCGGCCUCUGGGGCGAGAACGGCAAAGGGCACUGUAUGGAGGGUGGGCUGAGCGGCCCUCACCAUGCACAGUCGCAGUUGUGCGAGAUGGAGGUGGACUGGGCCUUCAUGGCGUGCCCCCCGGAGAACGAGUGCCUGAACGGGCACCACGACUGCAACGAGACGCAGAAUUGCAGCGACCUGCCCCACGGCUACAAGUGUACCUGCAAGAACGGCUACACGCUGGACAACGGGACGGGGCUGUGCAGGCCGGUCUGUGAGCAGGGCUGCGUGAACGGGACCUGCGUGGAGCCCAACGCCUGCCGGUGCCACUUCGGCUCCGUGGGGCAGAACUGCUCGGUGGAGUGCCAGUGCAACAAGCACAGCGACUGCCGGGGCGUGGAGGCGCAAGAUCAGUGCCUGGAGUGCUUCAACAACACCAUGGGAGAACACUGUGAAAAGUGCAAACCACUCUUCGUCGGCUCAGCCUUGAACGGGGGCUCCUGCCGUCCCUGCCAUGCUUUCUGCCGGGGCAACAGCAACGUCUGCAUCACGCAGGAAGAGUAUGAGCGAGCCCGGCGGGACCCUGCCCGCUACCCACUGGAGCCUGCCUUGAUCCCCAAGUGGGUGGCAGAGGGACCCGCCGAAGACGUGGCCGUCUGUGUGAACUGUCAGAACAACAGCUUUGGGGAGAAAUGUGAGAGCUGCCUGCACGGCUACUUCCUCCUGGAAGGGAAAUGCACCAAAUGCCAGUGCAACGGACAUGCCGACUAUUGCAACGAGCUGGACGGGACGAACUGCCCCUGCCAGAACAACACCGAGACCGGACCUUGUCAGAAUAGUGCCCAGUCCGACAAAAAGGACUGUUACAAAUACCAGUGUGCCAAAUGCCGCGAGUUUUUCCACGGGAACCCGGUUGGCGGGCACCAGUGCUAUCGGCUGAUCAUUGUGGAUCAAGAGAGCUGCUUUGACCCCACCUCACAGGCCAACUGUUUCCACGAGCCCAACAUCAAGAAUUUGCCGCUCGGCCGCACCGUCUUCUUCGGCGUCCAGCCCAAGUUCACCAAUGUGGACAUCCGUAUCACCAUCGACGUGACAUUUGGAGGCGUGGACGUCUACAUCUCCACGUCCUACGAGACGUUUGUCGUGGACGUAGACCCCGUCACGGGCAUGCACUUCGUACGGGUGGUGUCGCCAGUCGACGAAGCGGCUGGGCGCAGCAGUUUAAACAACGGAAGCCAGACCUCCCUGCCCAUACAAGAGAAGCGCACCCACGGCCUCAUCACUUACAUCACCGUGCGAGCGCAGCAUUCCGUGCUGAUGGUUCGAGGAGUCCGAGACCGCGUUGUUAUCACCUACCCACACGAGAUCCACGCCCUCAAAUCCAGCCGGUUCUACAUUAUCCUGCUGGGAAUUGGGGGGGCCAGCCCCAACUUCACAGAGUCCCAGGGGUUGCUGUCCUUCCGGCAGGACCAGGCCCACAUCGAUCUCUUUGUCUUCUUCUCUGUCUUCUUCUCCUGCUUCUUCCUCUUCCUCUCGGUCUGUGUCUUGCUUUGGAAGGUCAAGCAGUUCUUGGAUCUGCGGCAUGAGCAGCGGCGCCACCUACAGGAAAUGACCAAGAUGGCCAGCCGGCCCUUUGCCAAGGUCACCAUUUACUUUGAGCCUGACACCCUGGGUGCGGCCGCCGAGCUGAUUUUCUUGCCCGCCCGCCCCCACAAGCACCCGGCGCUGGCCGCUGCCCAGCCCCUGCCGAGCCGCCUGAAACCUUACCACGAGGUGCCCUACCCCGUUGCCCACUUCCGCCGUUCGGAGCCGUUCCUCUCCCACCUCAUGGGUUACUCCUACUCCAGCUUUCGAGUGGGGCCCAUCACCUUGGAGCCCACAGAUGACGGCAUGGCGGGGGUGGCCACUGUCCUCUUCCAGCUGCCGGGAGGGCCCCAGGCCCCUAACCGUGCCUGCCUCGGCUCGGCCCUCGUCACGCGCCACAACCUUCAGGACUACUGCAGCAGCAGCCAUGGAGUCAGCAGCUCCCGCAAAGGCAUCCUCAGCCACGAGAACCUCACGAGCAUGUCCCUAUGAAC